AUACGUCCGUGGUGCUUGCUUACAUCCUUGCUCUUCUAUGCAAAACGGCAAAACAUUAUAAAGUAGAUCAAUCUGUGAUUUUUGGUAGUAAUUGUUGACGUAUUUUAUUCUAUUUUUAUUAUUAUCGUAAAUUGUUUCCAAUUUUAUUUCGGUUUACUUGACAGAUUCUAUCGCUAUCUAGUGAUCCCCAAAGUGAAAAGUGCGUUUUGUUGACUAACAAAUACUUAAAAAUGACCGUGAAAGAAAAUAAUUUAUCGGUAACUGGCAGGCGGUCGCCAUCUUUCUCGCAAGUUUUUCUCUUGUGAUUCUUUAAUUUAAGCCUAAUUAUGUUUUUAAGUUUAUUUGUGUUUUAAAAAGUGGAAACGCCGAUUUCUUCGAGGAAACCCGUACGGAUUAACGUGCCCCAGGAUUAGGUUCGGAUGGGGCGCCACAGAACUUGGAGGGAUGACAGAUAACCGGUGUUUCUCUGGAGGGGGCGCUGGCGUGAAGAUGGAGCAAUUCCAGGCGGUGCUCGACCCCCGGAAACAGGAGCUCCUAGAGGCGCGGUUCCUUGGUGCGAGGAUGUCAGCUGGAUCCCAAAUACAGAUGGCACCGCAAACCACCGUCAAUGCAACGCAGCCCGUUCAUAGCCAAGACUCCAAUAUGAGUACAGGUUCGUCUCACAGUGAUAAAGAGGUGGACUCGAAUACUCCAGAAAAAUUACCAAGAACAGCACCUUCAGAAAGAAAAAGGAAACGGAAAGUUGACGAUACAGGGGGGACGAUUAAAGGCGUUAGACCUGUAUCUACAGAUAGUAAAAAAUUUAACGAUUAUUUUAGUAAUAAACAUUCGGGCAAUAGUCCUAUUAGACACGGUGGAGCGAAAAGUCCGUCGCCGCAACAACCAUACCCAAUGUUUCCACCGUCCCCCCAACAGGUGGGGUUACCAUCACCACAGGUGCCGGUGACACCGACCCCAUUUGAAUUUUACAAACAGCAACCUCCUAGACCUCCUCUCCCCACAAUGGUUAGUAAACUUGUACAGGUAUGUAUAAUGACGAGGAAAGUCGACAAAAAAAAUCUACAGCUUAAUCGUGUUAAUCAGACUGAAUUGACGUGUCAAAGGAUACAAGAGUUUGAGACGCAAGCGUCAUCGGAUCUGGAAUUAAGAAAUAAUAAAAUUGAAGAACUCACGCGAACGAAUGAGGAGCUUCGACACCAAAUAUCAGCGCAACAAAAAACCAUAGAUCAGCACAAGCAACAUAUAAAUAAGUGCAUUGAAGUAGUAAAAAAGUUAUUAAUGGAAAAAAGUUCAAUCGAAAAAAAGGAGGCGCGGCAAAAAUGUAUGCAAAAUAGACUUAGGUUAGGACAAUUUGUUACUCAACGGGUAGGGGCGACGUUUCAAGAGAACUGGACGGACGGACACGCGUUUCAGGAGCUCGCAAGGCGGCAGGAAGAAAUCACGUCGGAGAGAGAAGAAAUUGAUAGACAAAAAAAAUUAUUAGGUAAAAAAAGGCCUUCGAAUAGUGAAGGUGGUCGGAAAAGAAAUAAUUCUGCGAUGCAUAAUGGCACAGAUACAACGUUUCUAAAGCCAGAUGCAGUACCUGGUUCCUUAACUUUACAGGAGUAUUAUGAGGCUGAUGAAAUAUUAAAAUUAAGGCAAAGCGCACUGAAAAAAGAAGAUGCUGAUCUUCAAUUGGAAAUGGAAAAGUUAGAAAGGGAAAGAAAUUUGCAUAUUAGAGAAUUAAAACGUAUUCACAACGAAGAUCAAUCGCGAUUUAAUAACCAUCCAGUGCUCAACGAUCGGUAUCUCCUGCUUAUGCUGCUGGGCAAGGGAGGUUUUAGCGAGGUGCAUAAGGCGUUCGAUUUGAAGGAGCAGAGAUACGUAGCGUGUAAAGUUCAUCAGCUUAAUAAGGAUUGGAAGGAGGAUAAAAAAGCGAAUUACAUUAAGCACGCGUUAAGGGAGUACAAUAUUCAUAAGUCCUUGGAUCAUCCGAGAGUUGUUAAACUCUACGAUGUCUUCGAGAUAGACGCCAAUUCUUUUUGUACCGUUUUGGAAUACUGUGAUGGUCACGACCUUGACUUUUACCUUAAGCAGCAUAAGACAAUACCGGAAAGAGAAGCGCGAUCGAUAGUGAUGCAGGUUGUGUCUGCGUUAAAGUACCUGAAUGAAAUUAAACCUCCCGUGAUACAUUACGACCUAAAACCUGGAAAUAUUUUGCUCACCGAAGGCAAUGUCUGUGGCGAAAUUAAAAUCACAGAUUUUGGCCUUAGUAAAGUUAUGGAUGAAGAAAAUUAUAAUCCGGAUCAGGGUAUGGACCUUACAUCACAAGGAGCAGGCACGUAUUGGUAUCUACCUCCUGAAUGUUUUGUAGUCGGUAAAAAUCCUCCAAAAAUAUCUUCUAAAGUAGAUGUAUGGAGUGUCGGGGUUAUUUUUUAUCAAUGUUUAUAUGGUAAAAAGCCAUUUGGACACAAUCAAUCACAAGCUACAAUUUUAGAAGAAAAUACUAUUUUAAAAGCUACAGAAGUUCAAUUUGCAAAUAAACCUGCGGUUACAAAUGAGGCCAAGAGUUUCAUUCGUUCCUGUUUAGCGUAUAGGAAAGAAGAUCGUAUAGAUGUAUUGUCAUUGGCUAGGCAUGAAUAUUUGCAACCCCCGAUGCCGAAGCAUUCAAGGCUCACCUCCAAUCAGCAGCAGCAGCAGCAACAACAGCAGCAGCAGCAGCAACAACAAGUAGGUUCCUUCUCGACGGGCAUUUUUGGUGGAGCCAUGAAUGCUUCAUCAUCGUCUUAGUGCUGUGCAGUGUUUCCUAAGUUAUUUAAAAAGUGUAUUUAAUUUUAAUUGCGUACAAUCUGACUCUUAAAAGAAACAAAACUUUAGAUAAUUAAUAAUUUAAGUGGAACGUGAUUUGAGAAUGAUCAGUCAACAGUGAACACUUUAUAAAUAAACAAUCCUAAAAAAUAAAGACACCAGAAUUUUUCAUCUUAUAUUAUAUAUCUUAUCUCUCUCUUUCCUCAUACUGCUUAUGCUUCCUGUCCUAAAGGAAUAACGAAGAUUGGGAAUUUUAUUCGUGGUAGUGAGCGCGCUUGGAAGUGAAGAAAAUUUUCAAGCUUGGUUGAAAUCCUGAAGUUGCAGUCCAGCAAACUGAAAAAACAAGUGCAAAUUGGUAGUAUCGUACGAUUUAAGUUAAUUUAUAAAGUGACCUUGCUUUGUAUCAUAGUGUGUAUUUCGUUCGCUACAGUCCCUAUUUUCGAUAAUUAUUAUCAUAAGUAGAAUAUGUACAGGAAACGUCGAUCACUACGGUGAUGAUACGCUUAUUAAAUCUCUCAAAUCAAAUGGACUACGCUCAGCUUGAAUGGGCUUAAUGUUUCGCAUGUUUUUAUUUAAUAAGCAAUUUAUUCUCUUUGCAGCAUUGAGACAUUUUUGUAACAGCACGUAGUUACAAUUUUAUUCGUUACAAGGAGAUUCUUUUUUUAUUUAUUGCACGGUUAUUACUUGGACAGUGGAUGUUUAAGUUUAUACAUUAUUACUUGUAUAUACUGUGGCAGUUGAGAGUAUAAAUUUUGUUAAAACUAAGUAGCAACUAUGUAUAGAGAAACCUCAGUUUGUUCGUACCAAAUUUUUACAUAGUUAAUAAGUUAUUUUUACUGUAUAUAAGCUAAUUCUUCGAUAGUCACAAUGUACACAUUCAUGAAACAAAGUGAGGUUUUCCAAAUUGAAACAAAACAAAACAAAAUGUCUCAAACAAGAUAUUUGUAAAUUUUUAGCUUGUUGAACUGAAUCAAAUGCCAAACAAACGUUGAAAAUUAUGCUCCGAUUAGUAUUGUGCGAAGCGGAUUUUUUUCCGACGAGCGCAAUACGUUGUAGAAUAAACUUUAACAGUUUUAAUCUUACUUAUAAGGUUGUAUCGUGUACAGUUGAAAUAGUAACAAUUAAUAAACAAUGUUGUAGUUAA